AUGCUCCUCCUCUUCCUCCUCCUUUGCCUCUGCCCGCUCCUCCUGCCCCCGCUCCAUCCCCCGAGCCAGGAGCUCGCCGGCCCCGAGCUGAGGACGGAGGGCACGGAGGACAAAUCCCCCCGGCAGAGCCUGGUGGGAGAGGCUGUUUUGAAGGGCUCCACGGCACAGGAAGGCAGCGGGGAGGAAAAGGCCCGGAGAUCCCUCAGGAGGAGGGGCUCCAAAGCCAGCCUAGGGUGCUCUGAGGAGGAAAGACCCAGCCUGUGCCGGGAAGGCGGCCGGAGCUUGAGCCAGAGCUCCAAGCUGGUGGUGCAGGAGCGCGUCAGUGCCGUGGAGAAGACCUACAAGUGCCCCAGCUGUGGGAAGAGCUUCUGCAACAGCUCCAACCUCCUUGCCCACCAGCGUGUCCACACUGGGGAACGGCCCUACGAGUGUGCGGAGUGUGGGAAGACCUUCAUCUAUGGCUCCCACCUCUUCACCCACCGCCGGGUGCACACGGGGGAACGGCCCUACAAGUGCUUGGAAUGCGGGAAGGGCUUCAGUGUCAGCUCCCGCCUGAUCCGCCACCAGCAGAUCCACAUAUCUGGGAUCUGCUGGUGGCGGAUCAGGGGGCAGCAGCCCUACAUAUGUGGGGAAUGCAAGAAAAGCUUUAGAGACAGCUCCGGCCUCAUUGCCCACCAGCGUGUGCACACAGGGGAGAAGCCCUACAAGUGUGGAGAGUGUGGGAAGAGCUUCAGCGUCAAAUCUAACCUGACCCAGCACCAGAAGACCCACACGGGGGAAUGGCCCUACCAAUGUCUCGAGUGUGGGAAGAGGUCUCGGAGCAGCUCAGAUCUCCUCAAGCACCAGCGGACACACACGGAUGAGAGGCCCUUCCGCUGCACCGACUGUGGGAAGGGCUUCAAACGCAACUACACCCUCGUCAACCACCGGCGCAUCCACAGCGGGGAGAGGCCCUACAAGUGUGGGGAGUGUGGGAAGAGCUUCACCCACAGCUCUGCCUUGACCACACACCAACGGACCCACCAGUAAGGGAAGCCUUGACUGUGGGAAGAGCUUCAUCUGCUGC